CCUCUCCUCUUGCAGCGGAGUGCCCCUCAUACAUGCAGGCGUGUACAUGUAUGUGUGUGUUUUUGCACUAAAACAAAUAAAGAUGUCCGCCGCCAACGUCAUGAGGAAGUUCCAGCCAGGGAGCAACGGCGGUAAACAGCCUGGAGACUGAACCAAACAUGCUUACUUCCAUGAACUAACCUGAAGGAAACCUAUAGGUCUUUCCACACAAUGUGUUGGCUGUAAACGGUGUGUAUGCCUGGGUGUGUGUGUGUGUGUGUGUGUGUGUGGAGGACUCAGCACACAAGUGUGUUGAGCUGUGCAGUACACUGCGUUACAUUGGGAAACCUGAGAAAUUUCCAUCUCAUGAGGGGUGGGAACCUUAAAAAGCAGAGACCAAAGGACACUGAUCACUUCACUCUGAGGUCCAUGCCGACAGCACACCGCUCUGUCAGAACCAGAACCACCAGCAGACUACUGCCACCAUGGUCUACUUUGUGCUGACGUGUGCCAUGAUCAUUGCCGCAGGUGUUCAUGGGAAACCUUGGCUUCCUUCUCUGCCAAUGGAAAACGGCUGUUACCAGGUGUCUCCAGAGCUGGGGGUUUUCCGAGUGGAGGGCGAGGCCGUGAUCCUCUACUUCCCGAUCUUCAUGCGGUCCCUCGAACUCCGCGACAUCGCCCCGCCACCUGCCCAAUACGUCAUCAGCCGGAACAACGGAACGGCGCAAACGGCGAACGAGGAUGAGGACGAGGACGAGGGCCGGGUCCAGCAGCACGGCGGAGAGCUGUGGCUCCUCCCGGCUCGGCUUUCGGAUUCUGGGGAAUACACCUGCACUUACAGGAAUGAAACGUACUGCGUCACGGGGACCAUCACGCUGCACAUGUACGAGUCCUACUCUGCAGACAUAAGGACUCUCUCCUACUGGUGGACGGCCAUGGUUGGUGAGGAAGUGGAAUUUGACUGUCCGGCUCUGGACCGCUUCAACAAGACAGGCAGACCAAUCGAGUGGCACAAGGAUUUUAACUCCGCUCCCCUUCAGCCGGGCAGAGCUACCCUCACGAUCCCUGCUGUAAAACGCUCCCACGCUGGAGUCUACACCUGCCGGCUGACGGUGCUCAUCAACAACCUGCAGUACAAAGUCAGCAGAGCCUACCUGCUCCACGUGGAAGAUUCAGACCCGGCAGUCACUACCUCCAUGCCUGUCGUCACCACGCCGACAGAUCCGGGUCAGCCCAGCAGCAGCACCCUCAGUACUGUCAGCAUCAUGAAACCGCCAGUGAUUACCUCACCAAUCAAUGGAACCAUCUUUGAAAGCUCUCACGGUUCAGGACUGGAGCUGUUCUGUCAGGUGGUCACUGAAUGCCAACUGGCAGACUCCACUGUGGUCACAUGGCUGGUAAACGACCAGUCAGUGGAGUCAUCGUACCUCGACAGGCGGGCUAAGCAGGAAGGAAAAAGGGUAACCCGGGUCUCUGAAAGGUGUCAGAUUGAAGUGAAGUUUGUUAUCUCGGCCAUGACUGAAGAAGAUGAGAAGACGGAGAUGAAGUGUGUCACUCAGAACACAGGCGGGAAACAGGAAGUUGUCACAAUGCUUCGUCUAGAAGAUACUACCUUUACGUGGCUGGUUGUAGGCAUGGUGACAGCGUCCUGCUUCCUCACGGUGGUCUGUGUCUUCCUUUACGUCCUCUUCAAGCCAAAGACUAAGAAGAAAAUGGAUUACAUUCUCGCUCGUCAGAGCAGCACCUUUUCAGUUUAGCUUUUGUUUCACACGCUCCCUCCGGCAAACGAAAACGCUCCUCUCAACAAUAUUUGGGUAAACUAUGUAAAAAUGUGACUUCCAUGACGUUGUACUUGGAGUUUAAGUGGGACUCACUCCAAACCUUUUUAUUCAUGAAUGUAUCAGCCACUGGAGAAGGAAGAAGGAAGAUGUUACAAUGAUAAACGUUUCAUCAGCACCACUAAUUGAUUUAAUGACGAGAUUGUUUGCUGUGGUUUUGCACUUCUGUAAUUUAAACCGGUACUACUCCCUUUUAUAUUGACCUCCAUCAGUUUAAUUCACUUUUUUUAAGUAAAAUGUAGUGACUACCUCAGCUACCAGAUGUUACACAUAUGUAUUUUUUUCUGUUCAGUAUAAUGGAUAUAUCAGUAUGUUAUUUCCAAAAUGCAGCAAAUGUUCUCAGGGAGAAAUUGAAUAUUAAAGAAACCGUAUAAUCUUUUGAUUAUUUUUGUUUAUGUCUUAAACAUUUAAAGGACAGAAAUAACACAACUUGUGUUUUUUUAUUAUUGUUAUUGAAUGUAGUACUCCUGCUGUUGUAUCUUACAUAGAAAGCAACCCAAUGAAUUAAAUGACUCCUACGUGAA